UCUCUGUUGGUAUUUAUUACUACCGGGUUUCAACAGUCUUUCUCUUUUUUUCUUUCUUUGGUUCACCACCACCAACUUCUGUGUGUUCUAAGUAAAACCCUAAACCCUAAUCCCAGAUUAGAGGAUAAAAAUGGGGAUACCAGCAUUUUAUAGAUGGUUAUUUACGAAAUACCCAUUAUCAGUUGUUGAAGUUCUUGAAGAAGUACCUGGUGUUGUUAAUGGUGAAAAAAUUCCACUUGAUACUAGUAAACGUAACCCUAAUGGUGUUGAGUUUGAUAACCUGUAUCUUGAUAUGAAUGGAAUUAUUCAUCCUUGUUUCCAUCCUGAAGGCAGGCCGCCUCCUGAUACUUAUGAUGAAGUAUUUAAAGAUGUAUUUCGAUAUAUUGAUCGAAUUUUCUCGCUUGUUCGACCUCGCAAGAUUCUCUAUAUGGCAAUUGACGGUGUUGCACCUCGAGCCAAAAUGAAUCAACAGAGGGCAAGGCGAUUUAGGUCUUCAAAGGAUGCGGCUGAUGCUGCUGCUGAGGAGAAGCUGAAACACGAGUACGAAAAAAUGUUGCCUACAUUGGAGCAAGCUAAGACACUUGAUUCAAAUGUAAUCACACCUGGAACAGAGUUCAUGGCUUCAUUGACAUCUGCUCUUCAAUACUAUAUACAUCUGAGGCUUAAUUCAGAUCCAGGGUGGCGGGGAAUCAAGGUCAUUCUUUCCGAUGCUAGUGUGCCGGGUGAAGGGGAACACAAGAUAAUGUCAUACAUCCGCUUGCAAAGAAACCUACCGGGAUAUGAUCCAAACACGCGGCAUUGUUUGUAUGGGCUGGAUGCCGACUUAAUCAUGCUUGGUUUGGCUACACAUGAAAUACAUUUUGCAAUUCUCAGAGAGGAUGUUCGUAUGGACCAGAACAAAUCGAAGCGGGGAGCAGAGGCGAAGUUGAAGCUUGAAGGCAAGGACGCAAAUGAUAACAUCUCGAAUCAGUGCUUUGUGUUUCUCAACGUGUGGGUGCUCAGGGACUACCUGGUACAUGACAUGAAAAUACCAGGUUCAGCAGUGAAGCAAGAUAUAGAGCGUCUGAUCGAUGAUUUCGUCUUCAUGUGUGUGUUUGUCGGAAAUGAUUUUCUACCCCAUGUGCCAUCGUUGGAUAUCUCAGAGGGAGCGCUUGAUCUACUAAUGGAUGUGUACAAAAAGGAAUUUGUCAAUAUGGGUGGCCACCUUACCAACUCUUAUGAGGUUAACUUGAAACGCGUUGAGCACUUCUUGCAAAUGGCUGGGCUGAAUGAAAAUGCCAUCUUCAGAAAACGUAGCCAGGUAGAAAAAGAAAAACGUCAAUUCUUUAAGGAUAUUCCGGGUGUAAACCGCGGUGGCUUUAAAGGCACACAUAGGCUUCCUGAGCAAAAGAAGAAUCCUAAAGCUUUCUGGGAAUUCCUUGAGCAUAGCUCAAAGACAGUUUCUGCUACAUUAGGAAAUUCUGGUGCAGAGGAGGUUCCACCCCCCAUCAUUACUACAGCAUCUAACGGCACACUGGCGGUAGUUGACAAUUCUGGUGUAGAAGAGGCUCGGACCCACAUCACUGCUUCAGCUGCUCCAGCAUCUAGUGGCAUAAGCGCAUUUGUUGACAAUGUUAAACUGGGAGAAGAGGGCUGGAAGAAGAGAUACUAUGCUGAGAAAUUUGAAGCUGAUACUCCAGAUGAGAUGGAGAAGUUUCAAAUGCAUGCAGUACUGAAAUAUAUUGAGGGGAUCUGUUGGGUCAUGCAUUACUACUACCAAGGAGUUUGCUCCUGGCAAUGGUUUUAUCCAUACCACUAUGCUCCAUUUGCUUCUGAUUUUCAUGGUUUGGAACAAUUAGAGAUCCACUUUACGCUCGGGGAGCCCUUCAAGCCAUUGAAUCAGUUGAUGGCUGUUUUGCCUGCAGCAAGCUCGCAUGCGCUCCCCGUGCUUUACAGAAAAUUGAUGACAGAUUCAACAUCACCUAUUUUGGAUUUUUACCCAGAAGAUUUUGAGCUCGAUAUGAAUGGGAAACGCUUUGCAUGGCAGGCUGUUUGUAAAUUGCCAUUUAUAAAAGAAUCUCGCCUGCUGGCGGAGAUUGCAAAGGUGGAGCAUUCCUUAACAGAAGAAGAAAAGAGGAGAAACAGAGUGGGUUUGGAUGGGCUAUUUUUCCACAUUUCACAUCCUUUGGCGAACAGUGUUUUUUCAUUUUGUAAGAAUAUGAAGGAUCACCCAAAAUUAUCAAUGGCCAAGGUCAAACGGAGAAUCAAUCCGGGUUUCAGCGGAGGGAUGAAUGGGUACAUGUAUAUAUCUGCUGAACCUGUUCAGAAGCCUGAAAUCUGCUCGCCAGUUGAGGACAUGGAUAUUAUAAAAUCAAAUAAAGUCAUAGCUGUCUUUUAUAAACUGCCACCUCGUCACCCUCACAUCGCAAGGCCACCAGAAGGGGCGGUCAUCCCUAGGAAGAUUGUGCGAAGGAAAGAUAUUUUGUUAUCGGGAAAGUUAUGGCACGAGAAGUCCAGCAUCUUUGGAUGUGAUUCUGAAAGUUCCACAGUGAAGUCUAUUUCAGGAAAUCUUUUGGGAGAGUUGUCUCAUAGACUCAUAUUGAGUUAUUAUGAACGGGACGUGAAAGAAUUAACUCUCUCAUGUGUUACUGAGCCGAAAGUUCAGGUGACCAAGCAAGGGGUGAAGAGGGAGCGUCAACAAAGUGGGGCUUCUAUCCCAUGUAAAAAAAUGAGCUUGAUAAAGACCGUCCCUGAGAAGAAUAUAAUGGAGAUCUGUGAGGGUCCAGAAGUCAGAUCUAUGAAAUAUGAUGGCGAUGUUACUACUGCUACAGUUGCCACCCCAUGUGAAAAAAGCUCGAAAGAAACAGCUUGUGAAAAGACCAAAGAGAAUAGUGAGACUGUCAACAGAAUAGGGAAAAGGAAACGGAAUGGACAUGCUGAGCGCCUUAAAAAGUGGAAACUAAAUCAGAAGGCAACCACAGAUCUUAAUGACAGUUUAAGUACCAGCAAAGCUGGGAAAAGGGAACGGCGUGAAAAAGAUGGUGAGCACCUGAAAAAGAAGACAACCCCGAAACUUGUUGGUCAUGUUAGAGUCAACAACGCAGGGAAAAGGGAUCAGAGUGAAAAAGAUGCCGAGGGCCUGAAAAAGAGGAAACUCAAGCAGAAGACAAUCCCAGAACUUGAUGGUAAUGUUACUACGACUACUGAUGCUGCUGCUGCUGCAACAGUUAUCGCCCCAUGUCAAACAGGUUCGAAAGAAACCGCCUGUGAAAAGAUCAAAGAGAACAGUAAGAGCGUCAAUAAAGCAGGGAAAAGGAAACAUUGUGAUAAAAAUUCCAAGCGCCUGAAAAAGCGGAAACUAGAAGACAACCCCAGAACUUGAUGGUAGUGUUACCUUUAAUGCCACAGGUUCUGCUCCAUGUCUGACGAGCUCUAAAGACACGUCUUCUGAGAAGAUAUCAGAGAAUGGUGAUAUUACCAUGGCGAGCAACAACAAGGCAGGGAACAGCAAUAAAAACGCUCUAUAGGAUGCAUAAAAGAGUGGAAUGAUAAAAAAGAAAGGAGGACAACCUCUCAUUUAGAAGGCCAAACUCUGGUGUAAAAGAUUACCUGCAAGUAAAGAAGAGAUGAACAACACCUUGCUCAGAAAGCAAAUUUUCGUGCUAGAUUUGAAGUUUUCUAGUUAUUUGUUGUAUUGGUACUAUAGUCUGAAUCCACUUGAAGUUUUCUAGUUGUUAUUUGUUGUAUUGGUACUAUAAUCUGAAUCCACCCAAUUUUGUGCGUCUAAAGUAAUAUAGACACUAGGAGCUUCGAU